UGUUGCCAUGCUGAUUGCAGGUUGCUGUCCAGGAUGGCGGGGAUGAAGGAGCAGCAGUUCACGGAGGAGAAGCCCCUGCUGCCGGAGCAGCGAGGAGUGGACUCAGACAUGCAGGAUAAAGGAGAGGAGGCAUCGGGGGGUUUACCGUGCCCCGCCAGCCCCGCGCCACUUACCCAACCCCCUCCCCAAAGCCGCCCCACUCACCGCUGGCAUGUGAUCGCACGGCACUGGCUCCGCCAGGCCCGCCGUCGGACCAGCGGGGUCCUCCCGGAGAGCUGUGAACAGCUGAUGCCGGUUGGGGAUUGGAAGGAACAUGACAUCGAGACCCCUUUCGGGAUGCUGCAUGUGGUGAUCCGCGGGGCGCCCAAAGGGAACAGGCCUGCUAUCCUCACCUAUCACGAUGUGGGACUGAACCACAAGCUGUGCUUCAACACUUUCUUCAACAACGAGGACAUGCAGGAGAUCACCAAGCACUUUGUGGUCUGCCACAUCGACGCCCCGGGGCAACAGAUCGGAGCGUCGCAGCUGCCACAGGGGUACCAGUACCCUACUAUGGACCAGUUGGCUGGGAUGCUGCCCACUGUGGUGCAACACUUUGGAUUUAAGAGCAUCGUUGGGAUCGGAGUCGGAGCUGGAGCUUACAUCCUGGCCAAGUUUGCUCUGAUCUUCCCUGACCUGGUGGAGGGUUUGGUCCUGCUCAACAUCGACCCCAAUGGCAAAGGAUGGAUCGACUGGGCUGCCACCAAGCUGUCCGGUCUGACCAGCGCUCUGCCAGAUACCGUGCUGCCACACCUUUUCAGCCAGGAGGAGCUGAUGAACAACACAGAGCUGGUGCAGAGCUACCGGCAACAGAUCAACAACACCAUCAACCAGUUCAACCUGCAGCUCUUCUGGAACAUGUACAACAGUCGGAGGGACCUCGAGAUGAAUCGCAGCGGGACGGUGAUCAACGCCAAAACUCUGAAGUGUCCCGUCAUGCUGGUGGUUGGAGACAACGCCCCCGCUGAGGAGGGAGUGGUCGAGUGCAACUCCAAACUGGACCCGACCAACACCACCUUCCUGAAGAUGGCUGACUCUGGUGGACUUCCUCAGCUCACACAGCCUGGCAAGCUGACUGAAGCCUUCAAGUACUUCCUGCAGGGAAUGGGCUACAUCGCUUAUGUGAAGGAUCGGAGGUUGAGUGGAGGGCCAGUGCCCUCCGCCAGCAUGACCCGCCUGGCUCGCUCCAGGACGGCCUCCCUGACUAGUGCCAGCUCCAUGGACGGGUCCCGCUCUCGUGCCUGCACCCAUUCCGACAGCACCGAUGGAGUUGGCACGGUCACCCACACCAUGGAGGUGUCCUGCUGAGGGGUCGGCCAACCCGUAGAAAGAGAGGGGAGGGGAAGGGGUUAGAGGGAUGGAAAAAAGAAAGAAACAGGAAGGGAUGGCAGCAAAGAGGAGAAGGUGGAGGUCUGCCAUCUUCUUUCCUUCCUCCAAUGUAAAAUACCAUACGUACGGCUACUAAAACCCCCAACCACACCUGUCACCCGGCACUUAAAGAUUUAAGCAACUUGUUUUUGUUCCCUAAGUGUCAUUCUUGUGUUUGCUAAGUGUCUCCUCCAUCUUUGCCUGCAACCUUUUUUAACCCUCCCCCCACCCCCCAAACACCACCAUCACCAUCGCCAUCAGCACCAACCUACGAAAAAAGAAAGUCAACAAUCCGCUCAGCAAUACGUGAUAAUGAGACAAUGAGCUGCUCUUAAUGACGGAGGUGAAAGUGCAGGAUAUACCAAGGAGAGCAGAAGUUUUAGCAUCAGUGUUUUGGAAGCAGUUUUCUUCUUUUAUCGUACAGACAAAAUGUGAGCGUCUCUCUCUCUGAUGUUUUGUAAGGGAUCGGUUAUUUCUCUCCACGAAUGACAGGAUGUCCAGAAUUGAACAGACAGCAGAACACAGCCUAUCGUAGCCGAGUGCACCUGUAGUGCUUAGAGAGGAUUUGUUAGUUUGUUUUGUAGUCUAAGAGCAUAGCUAGAGUACACCACACUGAUUUAAAGCUGCACUUGGUAGGAUUUUAUUUCAAACUUAAACUACACGUAAAGUAGACCAUCGUCGGCGUACGUGCAUUUCGGGAGAAAUGUACUUGGAGCUUGUUGUUUAUCGAUGGACUUAUAUUAGCAUCACAAGCUUUUCCAGUAGGCGUCUUUGUAAUAAUAGAUGAGUCUGUCUGAGGCUGGCGUCCAUGAACUCUUAUUACAUCCUGAGAGGAAAUGAAACCCAGGCGCCACAGAAACCUAACCACUACACCACCAGGGAGCUUGGCUGACGCAAAAUGUGCAGCUGCAUCUGUUUUUAUUACUUUUAAUCAUAAUACUCUCUUACAUAACCAAACUUGUGUUUGAGUAAUCUUGAUUUUUUUUUAGCAAGAUGACAAUCUGUAAUUUGUGAGCGACUGGAGUUCAUCUGUUGUUUAAUAUAAGAUGAUACAAUCCAAUGUAGCCAAUGUAGCACAAAAGCAUGUAGAAAACUAACAACAAAGGUGGAAUUGAACUUCCAGACUUUAUUCACUCACCUGUAAUCACGUCAGUAUCUUAUACAGUGACGUUUUUAACAGCUUAAAAAGGCACCGUGAGCUGAAUAGUGUCGUGUGUAAUGUUUGUAUGUAGCAUGUAAACUGAGGAGUAAUAUUUUAUCUGUAUGAGCUCAAAAUCAGACACAUAUUAAUCAGGACACUGAUUAUCUUUAUGUGUGAUUCUGUAUGGAGCAUCACAGACCAGACCAGUGUACUGAUUGUAUUAAUUAUAAGUUCAGUUCUUCCCUUAUUUGAAGCGACAUUAGUGCAGUGCAGCUUUAAGGUGUGUAUCAUCUCAAUUCUAAGACAAUCCACUACAUGAACAUAGGCUGUAACAUGUAUUUAUUAACACGUAUAUGCAUGUCAAUGUGAAAGUAAUCUUAGGGCAUUCUAGUAUCUGAGUAGUAAAUAGUAUUAGGGCAUUCUUCAUUAGCACCUUACAUGUGGCUAGUUACACAGAGCCACGGAUGCAUCAUCAGUCUUUAACUCCAGUGCAUGGACGUGGUUCUGGCCGUAGUCGGCUCUUUGUGGUCUCUAACAUGACAAUCACACUCUGACCCAAAACCAAACCAGACCAAGGGGACCGAGGCAGGACCAGGCUGACCCUGACAAACUCUUUGUUUUCGGGGGGGGGUCACCACCAAAGAACUCGCAGCAGCCUUCCCUUACAGCGCCCAGCCCCUCUCUGUGGAUAUACCAAAGCUACCCACACACACACACACACACACACACACACACACACACACACACACACACACACACAUAUUUCCAUGCACACAUACAUUUUCACACAUCUUCUCAAAUGAAAGUUGUGUGGGCUGUGCUUUGUAAGGGAACUAAGCCAAAGAAAAGACAUAAAUACACAAAAUUCACACACAAGAAGGAAUUCAUUGCUUUGUGGUCAGUGUGUGUCUCGAUGUGCUGUGUAACCAUAAUCAUUAAUAUAGUACAUAUAUACAGUAACAGUAUAGUUUUAGACUAGUGAAGCUGUGUGCUGUUAUCUGCUCUAAUACUGGACCACUGUCGUUGGUGAUCGGAGAUGGAGCGGGGGGGGGGGUCCCCUGUUUUUUAGUUUAGUAAUGUACAGUGUUCAUGUGCCAUAGUCACCUUUUCCUGUUACCAGUUUUACAAAUAAAACCCUUUGGUCCCCUUUGAGAAAGGGGCGUAGCUUCCAAACGCUGUGGCGUGCGCUUCCCUGAGGUGGCCUGUAAGGGGCGGGGCUUUUUUGGAGCCAUUUGGGCGCCAAGCUCGGAAUGUAGGGCAAACCCCAGCCACCUAAAAAAAAACUAACAAAAAAUAAACAAAUAAAUAAAUCACAAGGUGCCCCGGCUCUCACAGGCAAACCUAGUCGCACCCUAAAGGGCUAUCAGCUGAAGUCACUUUUUAAAAAUGUUGGUAGUGUUAGUCGUGUUUCGGAGCUCCAGGGGGCCCCGGGAGAGUUGACGCAGGAUUGUUAGUCAAACAGAGAGAGAUCCUGAAUGAAUGUUAAAUGUAAAAGAAUGUGUUUUUGUUAAAGCUGGAGAGAUUAUUAAAAGAGUAUCCAACAAAUCCCAACAUGCAGGAAGGAGAGAUUAAUAAAAAGGAUGUUAGACAGUCAGAUCAAAAACCUCCGUCGCUCUUCUUAGAACCUCACGGAUGAAUUUCAUGGACACAGAAGUGUGCAUGUAGUAGAGUUUGAUCAUCUUCCAGUGUUUUUUCACUCUUCACUUAAGCUAUUUUCUGCCAUCUACACGUUGGUUUUCCUCCCACACAACUUCUUCUACCCAAACUGCCUGGGGGAGGGGGUCCUCCUGAAUGUAUUUUGUCCCUUUUUUGAAGUGCUGUACAGUAUCGUCAACCUACGCCUCUCAGAAACCCCUUCACUAUUGUUUGCACUUC